UUCAGGAACACACAAAGGCAGAUUUCUUAUUAUAACCCUCUCUCUCUCUUCUCUCUCUCCCCUAGUACUACUGCUCAAAUAAAGGAACAAAUUUCAGAGGAAGAGUCCUCUCAUCCUCUCCCAUCAAUCCCUUCUUCCACCAUUUUCAAUUUCUUCAAAAAAAAAUGGAAAUUCUCUGAUAUAUCUAUCAAUCUCCAGUACUACACCUCUGUAGUAGUAAAAAGUACUUGCUUCUUUUCUUUCCUUUUGUCGUUUCUUUGUGGUUUAAACAAAGUUGAAAAACCCUAGAACAAGCCAGAAAGAGAAAUCAUCGUCAUGGAUUCAAUCCCAGAUAUGGACAUCACAGUCACCACCACCACAACACCACCAGCCACGUCAUCAUCGGCGACGUCGUCGCAAUCAAGCAGCCGUUACGAGAACCAGAAGCGUCGGGACUGGAACACGUUCGGACAGUACUUGAACAACCACCGGCCACCGCUGUCCCUCUCUCGCUGCAGCGGGGCCCACGUCCUGGAAUUCCUCCGGUACCUUGACCAAUUCGGGAAGACUAAAGUGCAUACUCCGAUUUGCCCUUUUUACGGGCACCCGAACCCUCCUGCCCCUUGCCCUUGCCCUCUCAGGCAGGCGUGGGGCAGCCUCGACGCCCUCAUCGGCCGUCUCCGAGCCGCGUUCGAGGAGAACGGAGGGAAGCCUGAGGCCAAUCCAUUUGGGGCUCGUGCUGUGAGGCUUUAUCUUCGCGAGGUUCGGGACUUGCAGUCGAAAGCCAGAGGGAUUAGUUACGAGAAAAAGAAGCGUAAGCGUCCACCGCAGCCACUGCCUUCCACACUGCUUCAACAACAACAACAGCAACUUCAUGCUCUGCAGUCACCUCCUCCAGGUGCAAGUGCCUGAUUUGGUAAUUUCAAAACAAAAUCGCAAAUAUGUAUGGUAAUCUAGGGUUUCCUGGCCAGGCUAUUAAGUGGGCAUGUUGAGUUGGGAAAUUCUCGGUUACUAACAAAAAAAAAUAGGAGAAGCAAUGGUUAAUUAGAUCUGGAGGUGGGGGACUGAAUCUAUUCACUGGUAGUAGACUACAAGUAGUGAUAGUGAAAACUCAGUAUGUUUUAUGGUUUUAUGUGAAAUACUGAAUGAGAGAGCAACUGAUUAUAUUGCUCAUCAAUCAAAAUAUAUAUCAUGUACUUGGAGCUUUUUAUUAUUAUUAUUAUUGUUUUGUUUUGUUUUGU